AUGUGUUCGGCGCCGCUCCGCCUCCUUCCGACGUCUUCCUCUUCGUUUCUCUGCGCUUCUCCAAUCAGAAAUGCUCUCUCGUCGGCCCUUUCCGCACAACAUCGGCCAUUCUCGUCAACAAUCGCGGUGUGCGCACGCAAAAUGGUGAGUGCUUUCCUUCUUUUUUAUUUCUGGGAUAUGUAUACUUUUGAGCAAAAAAGUAUAGCAUUUAACAAGUAUAUGCCUUCAAGUUGGGCUCCCAUCUUAAAUCGGAUUAUUUGCAGCCAGUUCUCACGGAAACGGAAAGAGCCGACAAGCUGCCAGGGCUCAAAAAUGCCGGUUGGAAACUGGUCGAGGGCAGAGACGCCAUCCAGAAAAUGUUCGUUUUCAAGGAUUUCAAUGAGGUAACACAUCGCACCGUCCGAGUCCCAACUCUCACAAAUGCCAAUGAACGGAACAGUUUGAAAUGUGACAGACACAUGAACAUUUCAAAAACGUUGAGGCUUCCCUGGUCCUUCAAAUUUGAACUUUUCAGGCAUUUGGAUUCAUGACACGUGUCGGAUUGAAGGCCGAAAAAAUGGAUCAUCAUCCCGAAUGGUUCAAUGUUUACAACAAGGUAAUUUGCGAGAAAAAAAAUGUCCGAAUUGAAUUCAUUUCAAUUUGCAGGUCGAUAUCACUCUGUCCACUCACGACUGUGGCGGUCUCUCCGAAAAAGACGUCAAAUUGGCGAAUUUCAUCGAAUCUGCCGCCAAAAAAUAA